UCGAACGGCCGCCAAAAGAAGUUAAAUCAGUGGCGGUGCUGGACAAACGAAGUCAUUCCUUCGUUGAUCACUCCAUAUUUUGCAUACUUGCGCAAAUCAACUUCUCUUUGCGAUCGAAUCGGACCAGAUGCAGAAGAAGUUGCUGCCUUCCAGUGCAGGUCCUCUUGUAGACGGAGAACUCUCAAUAUCACUUGCAUACUUUUCAAUCAUAUUGAGAUAUUGCGAAUUGAUUGCUGCGCUUGCGCACCUGCUCCCCUUCAGCUCCUGGGUCGUGGUUAUUUUGCAUGCGCUCCCAUUGCCCCUUCCCUCGCUGUGGACCUUCAGCUGCUGGAACUUGUGAAGACCUUGUUCAUGCAUAUCACUCCCAACACGACCGCUUGGUGCGAAACGCUCAAAGUCUUUCUGGCUGGCCGCGGGUAUCAUCUUACUACCAAGGUUAGU